AUGCUGCGUCACGUCCACCGGCUCUUCUCGAAGCCGACUGCGACACGUCGUGGGGCGGCAACUUACAGCGCGGCCGCGGUGAAAAAGCAGACGACUCGCGGCGUGAACGGCCACGCGCCAUUCGCUACCUUGCGACCUGCGUUCAAGACGAGCGACCUAGCGCAGCUGCUGAAGAAGUCGAUACCCUCUACUGCUAAUGUUCUGGCGAUUGAUAACACCUCGAAGAAUGCUGAUAGCGCCUCCUCGCUCUUCCGGUUUCUGCUAUCGCACAACGAAACGCUUUCGCAGGUGCAGAAGGACCCAAAGUCUCACCACCCGCUCCUUGUGGUCGUUGAGACCACAUUAAAGAAGGACGACGCUGAAGCGAAUGAGUUUGUUCUCAGAACUGCCCUUCAGCAGCAGGGCCAUUUCAAGGGCGCGACGGCUAUUGUUCUGGAUUCCAGCGAGACAUUAGCCGCGAGGUCUUUGCUUAUGAACGCAAAAGGGAGCGGAGCGGCGGUUAAUAUAGAGGAAGUGGCGGCGAAUAAUAAGAAAAUUGUGGCUCCAGCUCCAGCUCCAACGCCAGCAGCAGCACCAGCUGCCCCAGCUGCUGUGAAGGCCCCCGUAAAGGUUGAGAAAAAAGUGGAAGAAAAGUCCAAACAAGAUUCAUCGCCUCCAACAAAGAAAGCGUCCAGGAGCACCACUGUUACGAAGACACCGUCGCCAAGGAGCAGCAAGGAGGUUCCUCUGAAGAAAAAUGCAAAGAGUGCUGCAGGUGGUGAAGAGGUGCCUGCCCCCCUCUCCUACGUCCCACCGCCAGGCGCGGUGAAGAUGCGGUCGACGCCGGGCGCACCGACACGCACUGACACGCGGGAAGCGCUGCGGCGGAUGUUCAAGUCGUCACUGGCGGCGCCGUUUCAGCCGCCGCAGCAAGUGGAGCGGGUGCUGUUCUCUGGCGCCGUCGACAGGGUGCGGUUCGCCGAUCUGCUCAACCUCCCACUCUGCGGCAGUGGGGAGGUGCAUGUGCUGUACUACAGGCUGACUGGCGCGGGUGCCUGCCGCACACCGCUUAUCACCAUCACACAAGCGAUGGAGGAGGUUUGCCAAAAGCGAGUCGGCAAUACGACGAAAAACGUUGAUGUGCUCAGCACGGACCGUGUGCCGAUGCUGCUGUUCCUCAGCGCGUCGUUCCUCGUUGGAGAGGAUGCAGAUCUGCUGUGCAAGGAAUACCAAAAGACGCUGCAAGCCCGCUUGUCGGAGGUGGCCGACGUUACCGUGAUGAUUGCACCGUCCUGCUUCACGGAGAAGAAUGUCCUCUUUACACUGCGAACUGCAGCAGUGGACCGUGAAGGCAACACCGGCGAGCCGCGAGAGCAGCAGUAUCACGGAAGGGAGGACGAGCUUCCGCCCACCCCAGGUCUGCUGCGUCGUGGCGAGGCUGGCAGUGCCCAUACGAUGGCGUCUCUCACGGAGGAUACGCUGCGGUGCGUUGUGACCAAUGCGCUGGAGGAAGUCGCCCUACGGCACGAGAAGUCCACUGACCACCUUGUGAGCACACUAAAGAAGCUCGUCGAGUAUUGGUCGCGAGAGCGCGUUAUAGAGCUUAUGGAGGGUCUUCAAAGUGAACGAGAGGUGCUGCAAGAUGUCAUGAAAGAGUUUGGGGACAUCCAGCAGCAGCUCCGCAACACACAGGAGGCGAUGAAGGCACUUCGAGUGAAUGUGCAGAGCAUAGAUGACAAAAUGGAGAGCAGUAGUCGAAAAUCAACCUCUGUUUCGGUGAAUGACACUGCGGUGCUCACCAAAACCAUCGGAUCUUUGGAGAAGCGCAUGGCCGAGUCUCUCAGCACCAUGCCCUCCAAGCAGCAGAUUGCCCUCGACUUGCGUGAGGAAAUGGAAAGCCUGCAGAAGGGCCUUCAAGAAGGUUUCGACCACGCCUUGUCGAAGAAUCUAAAGAACAUGCACGAGGAGCAGCAGCGUGUGCUGCAGAAUGCUCUCCAAAGGAAUACAUCCACUGACGAGAAAACUCAACAGCUUAUGCAACAAACCCUUCAGGAGCUUCCCGAGCGUAUCCAGACUGGAAUGGAGAAGGCGCUGCAGUCUUUCAGCGUAAACUCAGACGGGCAGACGGCAAGGAUGUUGGAGAGCCACCGCAAGUUGACAGACGUCCAAGUAUCCGAGCUGUGUGAGAAGAUGUGCAAGUCUGUCGAGGAGGGCCAAACACGCAUUGAGCGUGCUGUUGUGGGCUUACUGUCCGCGAAGCCCGAGACGAACACCGCCGCCCCUGAAGAGGCCACUGUGAGUGAGGAGAAGGGCAGUGUAACGCAAUAG